CGGUGAUGCUGAGCCGCUCCAGUGAGUCCAGUACUGAGGCUUGACGUAGGGAACUGGGAGAGGCGGGGCUUGUGGUUCGUGUUAAGUCUCCAGUGUAUCACCGACAGAGCCGGUUUGUCUGUCUUUCAUUCAUCACCGGAACUGUGCAGCUCGUGCAUCAGCCGUGGUACCGUCUACCAUCCUGUCUCCUCCGACCACCGACACCAAGGACACCACCGUCGGCCAUCAUCCGCGGCGGGGCUGCGUUGGAAAAAUGACAUGGAGCCUGCUAUCGCGCAACAGAGUGGUUUGCUUAUGUGUUUGCGUCAGCAUGGAGCCUACUGGUAUGAAGCACUGGAGCCAAGGAUCGAACCCAGGAGACAUGAAUGAUUUUGGUGUCCAUGUUCUCAUCACACCAACAGGAUAAUCUUCUGAAGACAUGUUAUUUCAAGAUGAAGAUUGAUACCAGCCUGACUAUGCUCCAGCUCCCAGAGGCCCUGUCCCAGGCAGGCCUUCAGUUUUCUGUGGCCACUGAAGAGGACUUUGAUGAGAUCAUGGCUAUGAGCCAGGACAUCUAUGGGGGCCUUGACUACCUGCCCACUAGGUACACCAGCUGGCUGCAGGAGACCAACCGCACAGUCAUAUUGGCCCGCAAACAGGGAAAAGUGAUUGCUCUUGAAUCGGUGUGCGUGAUUGACAAUGGGGAGACUAUGCUGGUGGAAGGUCUGCGUGUCGCCCCUCAAGAAAGGGGCAAGGGUGUAGCAGGAGUUCUACUGCGCUUUUGCUCUGAGCUGGUGAAAUCCAAGUACCCAGAGGUCAAAGUAAGCCGUUUGACCCGUGAUGAUCAGCUUGGACCCAAGGAUUUCCAGAAGUAUCGCCUUAUAACCAAGCAGGGUAUUCUGCUGGUGCGCUUCAGAGCUGAAGACCUCAAGCUCCGUCUGUCUGAGCUUGGUCUGGGUGCAAAUAUCCAAUCCUCUUUGUCCACCUCCAACUCUUCUCCGGUACGUCUUGACCAUACAGCUAUCCACCGGCUGUAUCUGACCACUGACCUGAUGCAGGGGGUCCUUCCUAAUGCAACCAUCAUUCAAGACUGGCAGCCAUUCAAGCCUUUGCCCAGUAACAUGGCCAUCCUACUGAAGAAGGAUAUUGACUGGAUGGUGGAUGAUGUGUCCAACCCUACUGUGGCUAGCCUCUGUACCUUCCCUUUCAGGGUGCCCAUUGGAGAUGACUGGUAUUACCUGAACAUUGACAUGUUUGGUAAAGACCUUGACCUGGCCCGGCAGCAGUUCUUGUGCCACCUGCAGCGCCACACUGCCACCCUGAUGGGUCACGUGAUGUGCCAGAUGUUCCUGGACCCACCACUCUGGAAGCCCAUGGCUGAAUUCUGCCACCACACCUUGAGCGUGGAGCUGGUGAAGGAGUACACCGAGCAAUGCGUGGUGGAGUCAGACAUCGUGUAGUUACAGAAGGUGGAUGGAAAGGAGUAGAAGAUGAAGGAGCCAGAAUGGAAUGAAGACAAGGGUCUAGACAACAAGGAAUGGACACAACUCAAUUACACUUCACAGAAAAACAUAAUCCUUUGUACUGAGGGAUAGGAACCAAGCAAACGAAAUGUAGUUUCUACAAAACAAAUCAACUUUUAAGAGUGCAGUACGUUAGAUUCAACACAAACAAAUACAGGGGGUGGACAUACAAUUUUGAAUACAAUACAAUGUAAUCAGCUUCAGUAGGUCUGUUACAAAUAUAUUUGUAAUGAUUACAAUAAUAUACAAUUAGUGUCAGAGAUGUGGUGAUACAACUUUACAGUCAUCUCUAAGUACCAAUCUUAAGGCCAUAGCUUUGAGGUGUACUUAUGUGCCCCCAGUAUAAAGAAAGAGGGGAGACUAAAUAAUGGAAAACUGCUUCCUGGGUCAAAACAUUUGGACUGGAUCCAAAAUGGACCCAGACCCAAAGUUCAUAAAUAAGCAAGAAAAUACAUGGUCUUGCAAUUCCAUUGAAAGAAAGUUUUUGGUCCAAAGCAUCGUUCUUAUUUAUGCUGAUGUGACUAGACCUGAAUACAGUCCAAAGCAACAAACUACAACCUAUAGCCUCAAAAGUGACCAUAGAGUUGAAUCACCACCUUGUUAGCUUAUCUUGAAUUUAACUUUGAUUAAAAGUAUUACAGUCUUUUUGGUUAUUAUGUCCACCCUCUGUAUGUUGUAUGGCAUGGAGAGGUGUAGUAGGAGCGACUGAACUUGGAGAGGCUUUCUCACACCGGUAGCAGUGAUGUAACCUAAAACCUAAAAACAGUCAACAUGCAAAUGCUAUUCUUUUACGAAAAUUUUUUAAGUACCCUUAGGGCAUCAAAAACCUUUUGCCUCUGUUCUUUCUGUAAAUAUGAACCUUCUAAGUAUGUACACAAGCUGAGUUGGGUUACUAAAUCUGCACAACUCUGAAGGCACUUUAUUAAAACUACAUAGACAGGUUGUGUCUAAGUUAGAAUGAAAAGGAAUAGUUCAGGAUCAAAUAGGGGUACUUCACAGAUCCCAUCUAUUAACUAGUAUUACCAUAGGAACAUCAAAUCUCUGCAGAAACAACCAACAAAGCCUGCUACUGAAAUGAACAUGCUCAGUCACAAAAUGGCUGACAAUUUAUCCUUUGUUAUGGUCAGGCUUAUGUCUUAGCAUUUUUCUUUUUAUUGUUUCAACUCUUUUACUGUAUAUAUACGUUACUAAUUUAAUAUUUUCACUUAAAUGCUGCAAUAAAAUUUUAACAGAAAUUAUUAACUUCUGAAGCUGAAAGUGAAAUCUAGGCUUACUUUUGUAGAUUGCUAGCAUAAUGCCAAACAAAAUGCUAAUGCUUGAAAAUGUUUAACAGACUACUGUGCAGUUUGCUACUGACUUCAGCUUAUGCAGGGAGGAGUAGAAUGAAUAUAACUGUGUUAGAUUUAACACAACUAUACUGAUACGUUUUAACCAUCACUAAUAUUAGCCGGUAAACGCCUUUUGAAAAAUAGUGUUCCCUGUGAAAAUAGAAGACCAGUGUUGGUCAGGUUCAGCCAUGUUAGAGCAAACAAAUUUCUAGUUUACUGUGCAGACAUGAAGGGAAUACAGUGGAUUAUACCAUGGCCAAGGACUGUACCAAUUUCCGCACAACAGGCACAUGUCCAUUAAAAUGCAGCUGCAUAUUUAUUGGGAUGUCAGUCAGUAUGUUGGCCCACCACUUUUGUCCAACUGAAAUAUCUUGACAAUAACUGGAUGGAUUGUCAUGAAAUGUGAUACAAACAUUCAUGGACCCAAGAGGAUGAAUCCUAAUGACUUUGGUAAUCCCCUGGCUUUUCAUAAUGCCACCAGUAGGUUAACAUUUUACUUAUGCAGUGAAACAUUACAUCUAUAACACAAAUCAGCCCAUAGUUUAAUCCAAAAUUUGGUUCGGAUAUCCAUGUUCCCCUCAGGAUAACUGUAAUAACUUAGUUGAUCCUCUUAAUUUUCAUCUAGCGCUAUCAUCUGGUCAACAUUUCUAUUUGUCUACUUCUUUGGUUUAUGACCGAAUACCUGCAAAAUUAAUGGCUUUCCCAUCAGCCUCAGCUCUAUUUUCACUUAUUAGCAAAUACUAGUUUAGUGUAACAUAGUAAACUACGAUGGCAAACACAAGAAACAUUAGAACUGCUAAACAUAGAGUGUGUCUCAGAUUGCAUACUUUGAUUAGUACACUUCAAUUACAUUCAUUUAAAUUCAAUUCAAUUCAGUUCAGUUAUAUUUAUAAAGCUCAAUAUCAAAAAUCACAAUUUGCCAUAGAGGGCAUUACAGCAUACGACAUCCCUCUGUCCUUUGACCCUUACAGUUGAUAAGGAAAAAUCCCCCCCCCAAAACACCCUUUAAUGGGGAAAAACAAUGGUAGAAAUCUCAGGAAGAGCAACUGAGGAGGGCUCCCUCUUCCAGGAUGGACAGACGUGCAAUAAAUGUCGUACAGAACAGAUCAACAAAAUGAAUUUACAGUAAUCCAUAUUUUACAAAAUUUUACAAAAAGAGAGACAGAGAGAGAGACCAAGAGAGACAGAGAGAGAUGCAGGGCAAACAGUAAUGAUAAUAGCUACCAUAACAUCGAUUUUUAGUAAUAAUAUUAUAAUAACAAUAAUAGUAUUUUGGUAGCAGAUAUGUUUUAAGUAAGUAUUACUGUUACAGUAUAUGUAUGUGACAAUAAUAAUUAUACACAUACAAUAAUAGUAGAAGUAUGACUAAUAAUAAUAGCAGUAGUAGUCGGCAUCAGGCAAGACCAAAACAGCAGUGUAACCACGACCCACGAUUCAAGCGUAUUCAGUUCACUGUAGUGCACUAUGUGCACUAUGUCCUUCUUGCGUGGUGCGUGGUGCACUAGUUUCAACAGGGCAGUGUUGUCUCAUAUCAGGCACUGCUGUUUUGCACUUACCGGAAGUGACGACCACUUUUUUUAAAUUGCCUCCUCUUUUUCUUCGUCUUCUUUUUAAAAGGCAAAUUGCCAAUGGACAGUGGAGCAUUAUUGCCUACAUUUGACCACCAUCUCCAUCUACACAUACACCAAGCUUAUGCCACAACAUCAGUGCUGAUUAAGAGUUGCUGGCGAAUGCAUUCGCAUUAUUGUUUGCAGUCAAAUCAUUACAGACCCAACAAACAUUACCAACAUUCUAUUCCAAAACAGUAUUGGUACUAAGUGCAAUAAAACAUGUAUAACUAAAAGGAUCCUUGUUGUCCCCAGCUGUCACAUCAAAAGUUGGGAAGUUUGUGAUGUAGCUUACACCAGUAGUACACUGCAAUUUCCAGUACUGUGCAGUGUGAACACACUUAGUGCGCUGAAAAUAUUAAGUGUUUAGUACAGAAGUGUGUGAUUUGAGACACACCAAUAGUCAUGUUAGCUGCCGUUUAAGCAUUGCUGUGCCUAAAGGUCUAGCAUGUAGGAUUUAGGGGAAUAUAUUAUCAGAAAUGGAAUAUAAUAUUAUAUAGUUAUUUUUUUAUUAGUGUAAAAUGUCAUGGAACUAACAAUCAUUGUGUUUUCAUUACCUUAGAAUAAACAGUUUACAUAUGGAGUGGGAUCUCUUCCACAGAGUCCACCAUGUUAUUUCUACAGUAGCCCAGAAUGGACAAACCAUACACCGGCCUUAGUUAUGGCCAUUUGCAGUUUUGCAUUGGCAACCAUAGUUCUCCAACAUGUUUGGCACAUAGGAGAAGUUUCCGUUGGCUGCAGUCUGCAACCUCACCACUAGAUGCCACUAAAUCCUAUAGACUAGACCUUAAAGUACUGCCUCACAAAGCCAGAGCUUUUCUGUAGACUUCUGUGAUAACUGGCCAUGGUAUAAGCACAAUACCAAACACUGAUGUCUCGUCAUAUAGAAAAUAAUGGUUAGUGGAGGAAACGCCAGUCUGCUUCACAUUCUUUGGCCUCCACCUACAUCUAGUCCACCAUCACCCACAUAUUUGACCUCUAUUAGAGCCAUCGUAGCAGACCAAAAAAAAAAGUUUUACAUUUUUAAAUGUUUUCUCACGUGAUUAAUUGAUAUGAUAUCAUAUAAGUAUCCACAGCACACUCUUUACACUCUCUAAAUCUCCCUUUAAAUGCCCAUUAAGAGGGUUUGACACAGGACCAUUAAUCUGAGCCAGACAGAAAUAUCUUGUUAGAAAAACAUCUCAGUUUGUAAAGUACUAUUUUACCCUCCUGUUGCCUUGACCACCCUUUAUCUUGACUUUCACCCCCUUCCUCUUCUGGUAUGCAAUUUUGUAGUUGUGUAGAUGACUGGGCUUUUUUUUCUGAAGAAAGUUAAAUGAUGAGUCAAAUCCUUAAAGGCUUUUACAAAAGGGAAAGUAAACAGACAUCCUUUUUUAAAUUAUUAAUAGUUUAGGGAGGACCUGUCAGAGUGGCCAUAAUCCUUAACAUAUUCCAGGGAGCAUAACAAAAUAGGAGGACAACUACAUUUUUAUGCUAUUUUUUGUAACCAAAGAAAGUCACCACUCAUCUAAACUGAUGCCCUAUCAUUUGCUGCCAGGAAUGAAGUGAAGAUGUAAAAGAUUGGAAGGCCAUGGGUGUAAUUAUUUUUUACCAUUUGUUUUUCGUGAUCACAGAAUAUUUUUGUAAUCUAUUUAUGAAAAUCCAUUUUUAUCGUGAUAAAAGAACCUUUUUUUUGUGAUUUAAGCAUAACAUAACCCAAACUGUGCUUUCAUGAUCCAGACUCAAACUGUGCAUUUAUUGUAGUAUUCCUAUACUGGACUACAACAUGACCCCAGUUUUGGUGUGUGGCAGUUUGAUUAAGCACAAUUUUAUUCAUUAGCUCCACAAUAUCAGCAGAAACAAUGAACUACUCAUGUUAUCAUGUCAGCUGAUGUUCUGCUUUGGAAGCUCCUUUUCUGGUGUUCCCAAAAAAAAGUUGCAAAUUAUUACAAACUUCUUGCCACACGGGAAUCGGGAGGCUUUUGUGGAGUCCAUCAGGUCUGGGGCCUAAGGCAGUGCUUUAGUCUACAGCCUUAAGUCCUAAGCUGCAUUACCCCUCUUAGUACCCUCAGAACCUGUACAUAAGCCAUAUGGACAUGUACCUGAACCAUGGAUCAUUUUUGCAUUUCCACAGCAGACAGUACUCUUUUAUGUGGGCAGGGUUGUUACGAAAUGGUAGACUAAUAGCUGCCUCACUGCUCCAACGAACUCUUGCUGAUGCAGAUAUUUUCAGAACAAAAAAGAACUUGCUGAAAUGUUUAAGUCUCUGUCACAGUCUAUGGGAUAUGUUAAAAAUGGGAGAUUUGUGUUCUGAGUCCUUGUAAUGCAAGAGCAGAAGUUUUCUCUUGACCAGUCAAUGGACUGCAGUGUUUCUAGCACCUUUUCGUAUUGUAUCAGGUACCUCAGCUGAGGGGUAAUGAAAAAACAGGACGAAAUGGAGUAGUUCUAUUGGUACCAUCCACAACUUUUGACAACGGAAAUGUAAAAAUAACCAUUCUAAUGUGUACUGAACUGAACUGAACUGAAUUGGACUGCUUCAUGGAAGCAAGACUUUAGAUCAUAGAUCAUUUCUGUCUAUCCAUCCUGGUUGCAGUGGCAGCAGGCCAAGCAAGGUAGCUCAUACAUACCUUUCAUUAGCCAUGCCCCGCAGCUAGUCCUGUGGGAUCGGAAAGGCAUUGCCAAGUUUGAUGGCAUAUGCAUUCCCAUCAGCAUGUUCUUUGUCUGCCCUGGAGUCUCCUCUCAGUUGGAUAUGCCCAGAAAACCUCCAAAGAAAUGUAUCUGGGGGCAUCCUGAUUAGAUGCCUGAACCAUCUCAACUGGCUCCUUUAGUAGUGAAGGUGCAGAGGUCCUACUCUGAGUUCCUUCCACAUUUUCUGAAUUUGUCACCCUUUCUUUAAGGGUGAAAAAAAGUUGUCUAGGCUGCUUGCAUCACUGCGAUCGUUGAGGGUUCGGAAAUAGACCAACUGGUAAAUUAUAAGCUUGACCAUGACAGUCCAGUAUAGUGUCUACAUUACAUUGAUGCUGCAUCGAUUUGUCUGUUGAUAACCAAGACACCAAGAUACUUGAAUUCUUUGACCCCGGGCAGUUACUCUUUCUCAACCCAAAGGGACCAAUGAUCAUCAUGACAGUAGACAAAAGCCUGUCGAUCCUGCUUCUUCCACCCCAAGAUGCAUGCUCUCAGGUUUCUUGUUGGCAGCUUCUCACUCCUAACUUGGAGUCAACAAUCUUUUUGCGGUAUUUUGCAGUAAUGCACCAUGACCUCAGACUCAGAGGUGCUAAUCAUUGUUGAAUUGCCACAUAAGAGUUUCACUAUUUUUGUCUAAAUGAUCAUGAGAAGUCAGUUUGGUAUCAGUUUUGAUACUUUUGUAAUCACGAUAAAACAAUGCUUGCUUAUUUUAAUAGUUUUCUUGUGAUUUCAAGAAAACAACAACAACAAAAAACCCAACAACAAUCAUUUUAACCCAUGUGCUUUACUGCCUUCUGUUUGAAGAUGAUGUCUAGAAGAUAAAGAUUUUUUAAAAGCCUUUAUCCAGUGUUGAAGAAAUGUACAUAUGUAGCCCUUCUCCAUCCCCAGACACAAACACACAACCAGUUAAUACAGUAAACUCUAACCAGCUGAGUAAUCUUUGAAACAUACUCUGUACGAGCGAGUUUCCUCACAAUCAAAUACACCCUCUGUUAAGUUUCACAUAACCCUAACCCUAUAACAGCAAGUAAGGAUAUCCUUCAGCAGAUUAUGAUAAAUAUACUGAUUAACUUCUUUUUUGUUGUCUUGUCAUUACAAUAUGUAACACAUGUAAAUACUGUACGUUGUGCUGGAAAGCCACUGGAGCUUGUGAGAUGCCAGAAUGAAGACCUAAUGUCAACACUGGAAUGGCCAAAAAGCUUAUGACAGCCUCAUUUAGAGGAAACAAAGAGUGGCCAGUCGUGAAUUUAUCUCUGAAAAACCUGUCAUCCCUGAUCACCUCACUUUAAAAAGAAUAAAACUUUCUAUUUUCAAUGUUCACUCAAUGCGCCCUGCUGCCACUUCACUUUUAGCACCAUUUCAGCAUGCUCUGCUUUCUUGAGUCCUAAUAUUAUAAGCUUCAAAGCAGGCAAACGACAUUAGAGAUCUCCUGUUUAUUCAUGAGUCUUGUAUAUGAUUCAGGACUUGAUGAUGAUUCCUGGUCACUUUUUUAUAAUUUAUUAAGGGAGACACAUUCUUUUAUCUGCGUUUUUUCCUAUUUACAAAUCAACAAUCCCUUGUAAAACUUCCAUCUAUCUACAGGCUUCAGUUUGCUUUAAAGGAAAUAGUUGUAUGAGAAGAGCAUUUAUACCUGUUACCAAUGGCCACAUUUGAAAAUGGGGCAAAAAGCUUGCCAUUGUAGUACCUCUUUUCAGUGAUUCUGUGUCUGUUUUGUGUCUUCAAAGACUGGAUGUGAAUUGUAUAAUUAACUGUGAUUACAUUUCAAAGACAAGUACUUUCUUUAAAGUAAACUAAAGCCUUAAAGUUCAGCUAUGACUUGUAAUUCUUGAAGCUUUUUGUGUACCAACAAACUUCUUUUUACCCCCUCAAGUUGCUUGGGUCAUGGCAACCUCAAUAAAUUGGCCUGGUCGAUUUCAAUCCAUUUGUGCUGCCAUUCUGAGUUUUGUCAUAUUUGAACUUUAAUACUCCAAUUUGUUUGGCUACUAUAUGCACACAAAAAUGGAAGUUUGCAUAGUUCCAAUACUGAUCAAAUUCUAUGAAGUGGACUCACUCAUCAUCUCAUCUGAAAGACAGCAUCUUUGGGAUGCUUUUAUUAUGGCUUAUCAAGAGCAUUCUGACAUUCCAAACAAUUUCGCACUGGCAUGCAAAUGAAUCUGGCAGAAGAUUUAAGUUUCCUUUAUGUGUUUCUUUGCCUUCUUAAUGAUCCAGAUUGUUCAUUACAUCCACAAAUCAUCAAUGCAUGAGCUCACAGAUGUUCGUAAUUCCCUCUGAAACCAUAGCCAAAGGUAAAGAUACUCCUUCAAACUUCUAAGGUCUUUAACUUGAAGUGAUUCACACAUUAAAAAGAAGUUUCUGCCGCUGAGUUCUGCAGAUUGAGAUCAAUCCAACAAAUGUGGUUAUAUCAUUUCAGUGAUCAACAACCUAAAUGUGACCAAAAAUGCCUAAGCAAAUACCACACAAAAAGAAGACAUUAUUCAUCAUCAUUCAUAGGAAUGCACGAUAUUGAAUUUUUUGCUGAUCUCCGAUAUGCCAAUAUGUAAUAACUCAUUUGACUGCUGAUACCGAUAUAGAUAUUUAAGCACAUUUUUUGCCACCUAAUUUUAGUAAUCAUCAAGUCUCUUCUGUAGUGGAAUUAACAUCAUAUUAUGAAUGCACACUCUUAUCCUUAAGUGAUAUUAUCAGUGUGUUGACCAAUUCCGAUCUUUCAUUUUUAAGCCAAUAUCGGCCAAUACUGACAACAUGCUGAUAUUAUCAUGCAUCCCUACAUUCAACCCAAGGCUUUACAGUACCAUUCAGUAUAGUAGUGACUGGGUACUCUGCCUGAUGCACUUCUGUUUACCCUCCAAAUUUUGAUGACUGUAUUUUGGAGUUUGAAAUUGGACUUUGCAUAACUGCAGUGUGGUUUUAUUCGACUGUUGACACAUAGACAAACAGAGUUCUUGGAUUAAUCCCUUUCAGUACCACUUUCACAUAAGGGAUGCUUGUUAAUAAAUCAUUUGCUAAUAUAGAUCAGUAAAGAAAAGCUGUUAUUAAGAUGAUUUCUUUGAUUUUGCAUGACAGCUAAACACAUAGCCCAACAGAGGUCUUGGAUUUUAUAGUCAUACUUUGUAGAGGAUUUACACAUUGUAACUAAUAAUUUAAUUUAUUCAUGAGACAAAUCAUUUAUUUAUGCUUUAAAGGUCAUUUGGGUUGCAAGAUUGUGAAAAAUCCUUUUGAUGUACAGUGUAUCAUCUUUCAGCAAAAUAUAUUUUUUAGCUAGCUCUUCAACACCAACCUGUUCUCAUUCAUAGAUUGUCAAAUACUGACUCUGUGUAAUGCACCUCGGGGCCUGACAGCUACCCUUUAGCCUCUCUAUGUGACACACAGCUGAAACACAUUGUAACCUGUGGUUAAUGUUGUUAAACAGUCACAGUUAGGUAAAGGCAACUAAACUAGUGGUUAGGUUUAGAAGAAAGAUCAUGUUUUGUCUUAAAAUAAGUAUGUUUCUUAUGUACCCAAACGUGACGUAAAUAAAAUAUGUAAUGUUUUCUUAAAACAACGGUGACCGUUGGUUUCACUCAGGAUGUAGGUAACUUAAGUAACGUAAUGUUACAUUUAAACAACAUUGACUUUUACUUCGAAUGGGACACAAACUGCGGUCUCCUGGUUGAAAGACCAGGUUUGUUUGACCCAUCGACCUCCUGCCCCAUGCAGACUUUCUUGCUCUUUAUACUAUGUCAGUUGCUCUCAGCGUCACAUCGAGACGUGUGACAAAGUGUCAGUAUUUGACAACCUAGGGAUAAGAACAAGCUGUACAUACAUCUUGGGACUACAAAGUAUCAAACUAAAUUUAUUAGCAACUUGAUGGCUUUAUUAGAAGGUAAGGGCACUAGACAAACAUAAAGGAACACACUUCUUUGGGCUUUGGUUGUUUUUCUUUUAUACUUGUAGAUUUGAGGUAUGCUAAUGUAUUUUACCUUUCCAUUUGAAGGCGGUGGCGCUCUUCUCUGCUAAGAUCUGCAUUAGUUUUGUGAUGUUUCCUUAUCUGCCACUGCUGUGGUUGAGGUUUGGUUACAUUUAAAAACUACUUGGUUGGUGUGAAAAUAUUGAGCUUUGGGUUAAAAGUUUGUCAAGGUAAGGGAACCUGAGUAGAAAUUCGGACACUGGGAUUGGGAAAGGAACAGCAGCAACUUGUGUCAAAGCCAGACACUUAAUUGCCACACUCUCUACCACUAUUUUCACCCAUCCAGGUUUUGAAAUCUAUACAGUAACAUUAUAGCUACCACUGCCACUGCUUUCACGGUCAAGUCAGAAUGCACGUGGUCAAUAGACGUCCUUACGAAGUAAACAUGGUUUUCAGGCAUUUCAAUAAACAAUUAAUACUUAAAAUUUCUUGGGAGGACACAACCUAAUAAUCCAAAAGUAAUUUAAACAAAUGGUUUAUCACCACUUUAUAAAGCAUUUAUAAAUGAUUUAUUAAUGAUUAACAAAGCCAUUGACAAAGUGGGCACUGCUGUCUAACAUAUUACCAUUUUUGCUACCAUACAGAUAGCAUGGGCACACAUCACCAGCAAGUACAAGUCAGGGAUACUAACAGACAGGAUGUAUUUGAUUAUGAAAAAAAUAAGAUUAGAGGAAAAGGGUUCAAAAAAUUUGCAGACUGCUUAUCGAGCCCAGUAGCGCCCCCAUAUCCCAUUAAUCAGGGAAAGUAUCUUCAGCCAUCAAGUCUCAGAUGUGUUUCCACAUUUCCAGAGUGCUGGAUGCUUGUGCUUACUUCUAUAUAUGGAAAAUAUUGUGCACAAAUAUACAAUAUGCUUAGUAGAUACACUGGAUUUUAUGCAUUAUAUUUCUUCACUGGAUGUGGAUGCGUUGUGUGCUUGAGGGAAGCUCAAAGAAGUGCCAAAUUUCAUGUCUGCUAAACUUCCGUGUUUGUCAAUUAGUUUAUGAAAAUUUACCCCCCAAAAAGCAGCAAAUUUCUAGAGUUUUUAUUUUGCAACACAAACUUAAGUUGAAAACUAAUGUAUGGGUUAUAUGUUUGUCUUUGCGUAGCCCCAUAGCACACAAACAAAAGUCAAAGGUGAUAUAAGCAGUGGCUGAAUGUGACACUGAUUUGAAAUAUUGGAUGUUUUUUGGUUACUUAUGGCACUUUGUUUGAAAAAAAAAAAAUGUGAUGAUUGUAUACGUUGUAUACAAGUGGAUAAAAUACUAUCACAUUGUGCUGCAAACCCUGUAAGUAUUAUAGGGUUAAAUGUUAUAUUAAUGUAUGUUUUAUGACUUACUGUACAAGCCAUUGAGUUAGUGAAUAUAAAGCAGCAUGCACUUUAGUUGUCUUUGGCAAUAAUAGAUAAGCUCCCAUCUCCUGUAAAGUAGCAUCGACUUCAGUGAAAAACACGUGUUCUUGUCGCACAUCUUGAUGUCCAGAAACUAUCAUACAGUGUCAUGUGAGAUAAGCCUUUCUCUGUCGGUUGGAUGAUGUUUCUCCAAAGCUGAACCAUUUGACAAAUGACAUGUAGAGCAGUUUGUACAUCAGUAUACAGUGGCAUUGAAAAUAAGACUAUAUUUUAACAACUGUAAGAUUAAGACAAUAAGAGGUUGAAGUGGCUGUGUUCUGAGGGAGUAAUGCAGGUUUGGGUUAGUUAAGCCAAGAUAUAAACAGUAAGUACAUUUAGUAUACUAGUUUUUAAGUACUUUACUUUAUGUGAGUAAAUCCAUUUUGUGAGACCUUAUGCUUUUACAUUUUAGAGGAAAAUAUUGUCCUUUUUACUCCACUUCAUUAAACUGUAAUAACUAGUUACUUUAAAGACUAACGUUGUUAGAUGCAAAAUAUAACUAAGAUGCACUGCUAGAAUUUAAACUAGGCAGUGUGAUAAUAGAAAUGUGUAGGCUUCAAAGAUUUUAUUUUAAUAUGCACUCAGUGAUGCAAAUCUUUAUCUCUGUACAUUAGUCUUUCUCUGUGCUUGAUUUGUAGUGAUUGCUUUAUCAUGGCUUGAUUGGUAAUGCCUUGGACCUCCACAAGGGGGAACAUGAACAAACCUUCCUCAUUUGUUGUAUUUUAAGUAAAGACAAGUGACGAGUCUGUGUUUUCUUUGAUGUUAUUUUCCUCCUUUUGUAGGAAUUUUUCAACAUUUUUGUAAAUACUCUGAUUUGCUUCCUUUCCAAGAGUUAGCUGGGAAUGUAUAGCAUGACUGUGCCUUUACAAAAUGGUUCAAACUCUUACUAAUUAAAUCUUUUAGAGAGUUACAUGAAAGGAUGGAUAUCAAUCUUGUGUCUUUUUAGUCUACUGUCAUUCCGAACUUGUCAAAUUCUGCCAUUUUCUCAGUGACCUGGGCUUUAGAUACCAACACACAAAGGCACCUUUCACAGUGUUAUGACGUGCACCAGGUGGUGGCAGCUGUUUACGCAACAGCCACCAACCGAAGCUGUCAAAUGCCGCUGCAGUGGACGUCUGCAUAAGAUAUCAAUUCACAAAGGCAUCUUUUGUGGCAUUAUGAAGCGCAUCAGCUGGCAGCAGUUUUUAAUGCCACCAGUUACAAUGUAAUAUAAAAAGCUGGAAUGUCACUAUAGGACUUUCACCCGGGAGCUUGCUUUUUGCUUCCCGUGUGAAUGUUGAGCCAAGCCAUGAUAUUUUUUUUGUCCAAACCAAACCAUAUGCUUUUGUUGCCUAAACCUAAUUACACCCUUUUAUUUCCUACACCUAACCACACGCUUUUAUUGCCUAAACCUAACCACGUGCUUUUAUUGUCUAAACCUAACCAUGUGCUUUUAUUGUCUAAACCUUACCACAUGCUUUUAUUGCCUACCCCCCAACCCUCACCCCAACCCUAACCCUAACCACACGCUUUUAUUGUCUAAACCUAACCACGUGCUUUUAUUGUCUAAACAUAACCAUGUGGUUUUAUUACCUAAACCUUACCACAUGCUUUUAUAGCCUAAAUCCCACCAUGUGCUUUUAUCGCCUAAACCUAACUACGUCUUUUUAUUGCCUUAACCUAAACAUUUGCUAAUAAAUAAACUUAAAUAUGGGGUGUCUGUCAAGCAGAAACUGUACAUUUUCUGUGAAAAUUAACGUGUAUUUUGAAAAGACACAAUGCAUGUAACAAGUGUAAAUUGACUCAGCAUUCCAGCAGACGCAGAUGGAUACCUAGUGCAUCAUGUGUAGACAUUGAAGUCCAUUAGUUGGGAUGAGAAUCCGUUGGUCUUUUUGCUAGGACAAAGCUGAAGUCAGAAUGUGGUUAGCCUAGCUUAGCAUAAUGUUUGGAAACAGAGGGAAACAGCUAGCCUGGCUCUAAAGCUCAUUGGUUAACAUGACGUAUCUAGCCUUUUCACUUUUACAGAAACAGGAAUGCAAAGAUGACACUUUGUGGUUUUAGGUUUUAAGUUACGCGCUGGAACUAUUUCUUGAUGAAUAGUUUAUACAUUUGACAGUGGGCUACUUCAGUUAAUUGUCUCAGAAGUUGGCUGGGGAGCACAGGUUUUGCUCUGUACAGCCACAAUGGUACCAAUACUUGGAAACCUUGAUGACAAGACUUCAGAAGCUGCAUACCAUCACUGUACCUGGCUGUUGGUCAACAAGAAAUUGUUCUAGCACACAACUUCCAUUAAAACCAAAAACUUGUCUUUUUAACAUAUCUGUAUUUCUGUAAAUGAAAUAAGCAACACACACCAUGUUACUCAAUGAACUUAAGAACACUUAGUAGGUGUGUUUCUUAACUUUGGACAUAGCUAGGCUAGCUGCUUCCAGUCUUUAUGCUAAGCUAGGCUAACCACAUCCUGACUCCAGCUCUGUACUUGACACACAGACAUGGCACUGAUAUCAAUCUGGACAUCUCACUCACUGAAAGAAUGUAAAUAACUAUUUUCCAAGAUGUUGAGCUAUUUUUUAGUAGUAGAGGGUCUCUGUUUAGGACAUGUUUAGCCUAGUUUAGCAUAAAGACAGGGGUGGGGGGCAGCUAACCUGGCUCUGAUUAAAAGUGAAGCAAUGUUGAGUUUCUCAAAAAUGUUGAAUUAUUCCUUGAAGGGUUUGACACCAGCAGUAUGUGGAGAAAUAUAUUAUUGACAGUUUAACACGUAAGUCAUAAUUUAAUCCAACAAUAAUAUAACAAUGUUAAAACAUCCAUGAGGACUUAUUUUACUACAUUUAUUUGACUUUAAAAUCCUUCUGAC